AAGUAAUGGCAGGCAGCGGCGAGAGGCGAGAAGAAAAGCGAGGCGAGGAGGUCGCGUCGCAGCGCACGCAAGCAAACCAGAGCGACCGAGCGAGCAAGCGCGCGGCCGCGGCGGCGAGCAAGCCCUUCCGCCGGCGCCGGCGCCGCGCCGGGCUCGCUAGGGAUUCGUGCCCCCGUCGUCGUCGUCGGCGGCGGCGGGAGGGAGCUGGAAGUGGAAGUGGGGCGGCGAGAUGAUGGAGGGCGGGUGCGGCGAAGGGGUAGGAGGCGGCGGCGGAGGAGGAGGAGGAGGGAGGGACGAGCGGGUGCCGCAGUGGGGGGCGCAGGAGACGCGGGAGCUGAUCGCGGCCCGCGGGGAGAUUGAGCGGGAGGCCGUCGCCGCGCGCCGCAGCGCCAAGACGAUGUGGGAGGCGGUGUCGGCUCGCCUCCGGGAGCGCGGGUACCGCCGCACCGCCGACCAAUGCAAGUGCAAGUGGAAGAACCUCGUCAACCGAUACAAGGGAAAAGAAACAUCUGAUCCGGAAAAUGGUAGGCAGUGUCCUUUCUUUGAUGAACUGCAUGCAGUCUUCACUGAACGAGCUAGAACUAUGCAACAACAACUCCUUGAGUCUGAAUCUGGGCCAUCUGUUAAGAAGAAACUAAAGCGGCCUAGUGGUAAUUUGUCAUCGGAGGAUUCGGACGAUGAGGAAGAUGCCGGUGAAGAAAGUGGCGAUGAGAAACCCUUAAGAGGCAGAAAGAGGAAAACUACUGAUAAGAGGCAACAAUCACAGCGAAGGGCAGAAAAGUCGAGGACUAGCAUUUCAAGCAUCCAUGAAUUGUUGCAGGAUUUCCUGGCGCAGCAACAGCGCAUGGAUAUUCAGUGGCAUGAGAUGAUGGAGAAGCGUUCCCGGGAACGACUUGUUUUUGAACAAGAAUGGCGACAGUCUCUGCAAAAGCUGGAGCAGGAGAGACUGAUGCUGGAGCACACCUGGAUGGAACGAGAGGAACAACGAAGGAUGAGAGAAGAAGACCGAGCUGAGAAAAGGGAUGCCCUACUGACCACACUCUUGAACAAACUGUUACAGGAAGAUCUGUCUACUGCAGAUACUGUUCUUGGAGUGAACAUUCCUUGUAGCAUUUCCAUUAGGCUUUUAGGAUUCUUUACCCGAAAACGUUUGGGAAUAUUGGCAUUUGGGAUAAGAUGGAUCGAUCGACCGAUCAGUGGAACUGGAAGGGUGUCAAUGGAGGGGAAGCUGCUGCUGCGUCCCCUCCUCUCCCACCCUCGCCUCCCCGUCGCGGGCCUCGUACCCAGCCGUCGCCUCCGCGCCUCCCGCAUCCUCCUCAGCGACCGGCGCCCGAGGCCGAAGGCGAGGCAGCUGGGUGUUUCCCUGCGGCGCCGGCCAAGCCACCAGACCGAGACGACGCCUAGCCGCGGAGGCCGGGAGUGGUGGGCGCCAACCGUCGUGGCGGGGUUGGUGCUCCAUCUGGCGCUAUGCUCCGUCGCCUUCCUCUUUCCCACCUAUGCACGCGCCUGCGUGGGCGCCCUCCCGCCCCCACCUGCCGGCGCCGUUGAGGUGGAGGAGGAGGAUGACGACGAGGAGUGGAAGGUCGCGUUGCAGCAGUGGAAGUCCAAGACUUACUCCCUCUCUGUUCCCCUGCGGGUCGUCGCGCUCCGCGGCUCCUUCCCUCCUGCGUGGAUCAAGGAUUUUGUUGAAGCUCAGGGGAAGAGGAUCAAAUUCAGCCCGGAGUUCCGGAGUAGCCUUGAUGCGCUCUUCUCAGAGAUGUCACAGUGUCUAGAGAAGGGUCAACUUCAGCCGAAAUCCACAAUGGCAGCUGAUGUUGUUUCCAUUGGGGACUCUUGGCUCGGCUAUGCCAUUCGUAAGGGAUUGUUAGAGCCUGUCAAGAACGCUGAAGAACAGGAUUGGUUUCGUAGCCUAAGUGACAGAUGGAAGAUUCAUCUGUGCAGGAACCACAAUGGCGAUGUAGAUCCUAAUGGCUCAAUUUGGGGGGUUCCAUACAGAUGGGGCACCGUGGUCAUUGCUUACAAGAAAAACAAGUUCAAAAGGCAUAACCUGAAACCAAUACAGGACUGGGAGGAUCUGUGGAGGCCUGAACUUGCUGGAAAAAUUUCAAUGGUAGAUUCUCCUAGAGAAGUUAUUGGUGCAGUCCUGAAGUAUCUAGGAUCCACAUAUAACACUAAUGACAUGGAAUCAGAAGUGAAUGGUGGUAGGGAAACUGUCUUAGAAAGUUUGACUCAACUACAGAAGCAGGUUCAACUAUUUGAUAACAUGAACUAUCUUAAGUCGUUUGGAGUAGGAGAUGUAUGGGUUGCAGUAGGUUGGAGCAGUGAUGUCAUUCCUGCUGCAAAGCGAAUGUCUAAUGUUGCAGUGGUGGUUCCCAAGUCAGGCAGUAGUCUAUGGGCUGAUCUAUGGGCGAUACCGUCUGCGACCAAAUUUCAGACUGACCGAAUUGGCGGCAGAACAAGAGGCCCAUCUCCGCUUAUCCACCAGUGGUUUGACUUCUGCCUGCAGAGCGCUAGGAGCUUACCCUUUCGGCAAGAUGUCAUCCCAGGAGCAUCGCCAUUGUUCCUUGAGAACCCGGUGCCUGAAGUUCCUCAAGAACGAAACAAGAGAAAGCCGAAGCUGGACACGAAUCUUGUCAGGGGAGCACCACCCCUUGAAAUCCUGGGAAAAUGCGAGUUUCUAGAGCCUCUAUCAGAAAAGGCACUGGACGAUUACCAAUGGCUGAUAUCGAGAAUGCAGAGACCACAUCGUGGUCUAUUUGGAAAUUUGUUGCAAAAUAUAUCGAGUGUACUGAACUUCAAAUCAAGAGCUUAAAGAAUUUCACAGUUUGUCUGUGGUUCUGUACUUAUGUUCGCCAUCAUCUCUGCGGUUUGCUUGCAUGUCAGUGGUCUGGUGAUUUUCCGACUGGAGAGGAUUUGAAGAAACACUUGCUAUUAAUUAGUGGGGUGCUAUUGCCUCUUCACAUGCAUAUAAGAAAGAUCAUUUUACAGAA